UUCCUGUUCCUACCUGCAGUCUUCCUCUCCCACACAGAGAGCUAGCAGGCUGCAGUGGAGUGGUACCUCUGUCUGCCAUGAAGAUAUUGGGGGUUUUUGUGAAGGCGGCUCUUGCCCUUUGUUGCUGCUUAGAGAUUGCCUUUGGAGUCGAGGUUGACUGCAGCCAAUACCCUAAUGGUGUUGGUGAGGAUGGGACAGUCUGGGUAGCUUGCCCAAGGAACAUGAAGCCAGUCUGUGGCACCGAUGGUACCACGUACAGCAACGAGUGUGGGAUCUGCUUCCACAACUAUAAACACAAUGACAGAGUGGAGAAGGCGAAUGAUGGAGAAUGUGACCCAAAAUCUAUUAUGAUCGAUUGCAGUAAGUACCGAAGCAGUGUAGUAGAUGGUCAAGUGCUGGUAGCAUGCCCAAGGAUACUGAGACCAGUCUGUGGCUCAGAUAGCCUCACUUACGACAACGAAUGUGGGAUCUGCGCCUAUAAUGCAGAACAUCAGACCAACCUUACGAAAAUACAUGAUGGAGAAUGCAAGCCUGAGAUUGUAAGUAUUGACUGCAGUAAGUACCCAACAGUAACCAAUGAAGAUGGCAGUGUAUUAGUAUCCUGUCCAAGGAUCCUGACUCCAGUUUGUGGCACAGAUGGCAUUACAUACGAUAAUGAAUGUGGAAUCUGUGCCCACAAUGGAGAACGCAGCGCCCAUGUUAGCAAGAAGCAUGAUGGAAAAUGCAGACAGGAGACUUCUGAGAUCAAUUGCAGUCAGUACCCAUCAAGAAUGUUGAAGGGUGGUAAAGCCCGGAUGCGCUGUCCAAGGAUCCUGCUCCCAGUCUGUGGCACAGAUGGAUUCACUUAUGACAAUGAAUGUGGCAUCUGUGCCCACAACCUAGAACAUGGGACUAAUGUUAAGAAAAGCCAUGAGGGAAGGUGCACGGAGGAAAGCACUCCUGUUGACUGCAGCACAUACCUGAGCAAUACUGAAAGCGGGGGAACCAUUGCAGCCUGCCCCUACAUCCUGCAUGAGAUCUGUGGGACAGACGGUGUCACCUACAGCAAUGACUGUUUGCUCUGCGCCCAUAACAUUGAAUUUUCAGCCAGUGUUGCGAAGAAGCAUGAUGGAAGGUGCUUAGAAGUUCCCCAACUCGACUGCAGCCAGUACCGAACUUCCACACUGGAUGAUGGCAGACAGCUGAUGGCCUGCACCAUGAUCUACAGUCCUGUCUGUGGCACUGAUGGUGUCACUUACGCCAGCGAGUGUGCACUGUGUGCCAACAACCUGGAGCGUCAGACCAGUGUUGGCAAAAGAAAGAACGGGCGCUGUGAAGAGGAUAUUACAAGAGAGCAUUGCAAGGACAUCCAACAAGCCUCUCCUGUUUGCACCAUGGAAUAUAUGGCCCACUGCGGCUCUGAUGGCAAAACAUAUGGCAACAGAUGUUUAUUCUGCAAUGCCUACCUGGAAAGCAAUAGGACUCUGACCCUCAUGAGUAUGACUGAAUGCUAA